CCCGAGUCAAUACAUAGUACGUCCCACUUUCUCUACUACCCACAUGCUACUAAGUAUUGCAUACGCAGUGACCGUGUCGUUGCAUGACUAGGACGUCGCGGUAACCAACCGACUAGCAUAUGUCCAGGACAGGGUACGCGAUGCUUCUUUCUGGCUUACAUCCACGUAACGAGCAGGAUCAUCGUAACGAUGCGAUGGCCCAUGCGCCCAUGUGUGGCUUUUGUUGCACUCGUAACGGCAUGCUUAAUACGAUCUCAAGAAUUGCAAUGCUUCGUAGCACACGGCACCCGUCAAAUGUCAUGCGGCUUGAGUCUCUUGUGCGCUCUUGUCACGGUGCGUCUUCCAACUCAUAUUACUGAGGGGCAUAUGUCGCGUUGGGAUUCGUCUAACAUUCUUUUUACAACUCAGCUGGGAGUUGUUAGGUGGCCGGUUUCCACCAGACCAGUCACCUUGCUGAAUGUUAAGUUCGUCUGAGACGGUGUCAAGGACAUACACUACACAUGAUCGGCCUGUGCAUUCAACAGCCUGGGGACUUCCGGAUGAGGAACACCGCACUGACUUUUCGGUCCCUUCAUUGUUUUCCAUUCCGCCGCUGAGAACUCAUUGACUGGUACAAGUACUGGUCGGUACGUCGCUGCGCACAAUG